UAUACUUCCGGGGCGUUAAAAUGUAAAUAAAAUAAGAAAAUUAAACUUUUUAGUAAAAAUUCACCUUAAAAAUUCAAGAUGUUGCUUAUGUUUGAUGAAAAACAUAAAAAACAUCUAUCAUUUUUGGUUGACAUCGAAAUUAUCGUUCUUCAAGAGUUCUGCAGAAUCAGCCUUGAAUUCAUAAAAAAAGGAGCCAACAGCAAGAUUUAUGAAAGCGCAGCUAAGAAACUCGGAGUGCCAGCAGACACAGUCCAGCAUGGUGUUGAGGGUCUUAUGUAUCUCCUCACAGAGAGCUCCAAACUCCUGAUUAGUGAGAUAGACUUCCAGGACUCUAUAAUGACGCUUGGCUUCACUGAGGAGACACGGCAAGAACUACUGCAACAGUACGUGGACCAUCGACGCGAGAUACGCUCAGUCUUGUCAGAGAUGGCUAUUGACCUGCCACAUUACCACAACCUGGAGUGGCGGCUUGAUGUUCAGCUUGCAAGUCGGUCUUUACGAAGACAGAUCACGCCCACGGUGACAAUGCGCCUGGAGACGAAGGAUGGGGACAAGACAAGCUCCCAGGUAUUGCAGACGGACCCCGUGAACCUCGUGCAUCUGACCCGUUGCCUUGACGACGCCCUCCAGGAAAUGAAGUCCCCCUACUGUCGCAGGAUUGUCAGAAACAUUAAAUAACCCUUUGUGUGUAUGUGUGUAAUACGCUCUGUGAUAAUAAACAUUGUUUAUACAUGUAUAAACUUUGUGAAAGUGUUCAUGUCAUGUGAAGUUUGAGUUAGAGUACAUGCUGUUUGGUAUCUUAAUAAAUUUGUCAUUUAUUUACAAAUGUAUAUGAAAUGGCACAAUUCACUGUCAUUUUAAUCAGUAUGUUUGACACGUAAACUCGUUCUUUAAAGAAGCAUACAUAAUAAAUCUUAAAAUAUUUUUUGUUAGAUUAGGGGUCUUACUUUCUCCAUGUGAAAUUGUAUUGGAAAAUAUUCAGUAUUUUUUUAGUUAUUCAUGAAAAAUAAUUCCAGGCAAAAAGAGAAGCCCCUUAUAAGAAUAAAUCAACAAAUUAAGUUCAUUUUAUUGCAAUGACUUGUUUCUACCAGUAACCCUGAUGGUAUUUAAGAUAAUCACUGAUUAAAAUGUUUGGGGUCAAUUUUGUUUUAGCUUUGAAAAUAUGAAAUAGGCGAUAAAGUAUUCUAUUUGUGUUUAGCUAUGCCAAGGGCAGUUACUCUGACAGGCUUGAGUAGUUAGUUCCGUACAGAGUUACUGGUGCAAUAUGUUCAGUGUUUCAAUAAUGUACACUAUCGCCGUGUAUAAUUCAAAUGUAUAAAUAAAAAGAGAUAAGCCGUUUA